AUGAAGCCCGAUAUCCACAAGACCGAAUGUACCGUGGGAGGAAAGUGGAAAGUGGAGCUGUUGUACUUGUAUGCAGAUUGUCCUACUGAAAAAACGGUUGAGAAGCCAGUGGAAGUUGUAGUGGAAAAGGAGGUACCCUUCAUCGUCGAAGUGGAAAGGUCGCGAGGAGUCGAAGCCUCCACAGGCUCACAGACCACAGCGCUUUGGUGCGCGUAUUGUGGUGCUCCUGGUCACAGCAUCGCGGAGUGCCCGCUUCUCCGGCUGCAGCAGCAAGUUCGUCAGAUGGAGCUCGAAAGCAAAAAGCCCAAGCACCAAGACUGCCAGCUCUGUGGAGAUGCUGAUCAUUUGGCACCAAGCUGCCCAACACUGCGACGACCAACCUGUUUUGAUGCUUGUGUCCAGACUGAUCCGCAAUGUCAGCUUUGCGACAAGCUGGGUCACGUGGCCAAGCACUGCCCUCUGCUCGCUGCGUUGAUGCAGAAGUCAGAUGGGGCAACUGCUCGGAUUCGGGUUGGUGGGGGAUGGUUGAUUGCCCCGCAGGUGCCAGGUUUGGGGGAGCCCGGCCUGAACGAGGAGGAAGCUAUCCAGGCACUGGCAGCUGCCAACACGGCCGGGUGCAUGACCAAGGAUGGGCAAGUGGUGUAUUCAAAGCGAGCGGCCCAUGUUUCAAAGUGGCGAAUCGUUGAGGGGAGAUGUCAAAGUCGGAGUGAGGUCACGCUCUCCGUCCCGACCUCGAAUGUCUCCCCGGAGCUCGAAGGCUGGGGCAUGCUGGAAUCCUGCGGCCUGAGGGCGCUACAACCCGUACAGAUGGCAGGCACAGACACCAUCCUCGUCCCCGCAAAGGACCCCCCGUGA